AACUUCGAAAAACGAACUAUAGUCGUGGCACUCCCUGCCAAGAAAGUGAAAAAAAAAAACAGAAUGAUUUACUGAUACCAUGCAAACAGUAUUUACGCCAAAUCCAGCAAUGACUGACCGCUAUACCGAUGCUACUCCAUAGGACCACAUACAUAUCAAAAAAGCAAGCAUGCAAUUUAGGAAAAUGAUAAGCAAGCACGGCGGCAGGACACAUUGCCAGCGGCGCGGGUGAUGCGCUGAGCGCGGCCGACGGCGCCGACUGAGCAGCCAUGCUGAGCGAUGCCGAGCUGCGAGAUGAACUGGUGCGACUGGGCGCCAACCCGGGGCCCAUCACUGCCUCCACCAGACAUAUCUACCAGAAGAAACUCAUGAAGCUGCUCGAUGCCAGCAAGUCGGCCAGCAAUGGCAUCAGUCAGUCGGUGGCUCCUGAUGUGCCGUCCAACGGCCACGAGCAGACCGACGAGCUGACGGACUCUCAGCUGAGGCAGCAGCUGCAGCGACUGGGACACAACCCGGGACCCAUCUCGCCGGGUACCCGGGGGCUCUACCUGAAGAAGCUGGCCAAACUGCGGGCCUCCGCCACUGCGGAUGUCAAUGGGCACGGCCUGCUGGCGGUGGCGGACGGUGUCGGUGCCGCCCGGCGCCCGCGGCCGCCCCCGGCGCGCGAGCCUGAGCCCGAGCCGGCCGAGUUCUCUGAGCCGAUGGACGAGGUCGAUCAGAUGGACGACUCGGAGACGGCCGCCUUCGAGAUGGACGAGUCUGAUCCGGGCGCGUUUGGGACGGACGACUCGCUGGCCUCCCAGAGUCCGGUGGAGCUGGGGUUUGGCGCGACGUUCGCCGGACGGUAUGACUCGCCGGCCACUGGACGGUUCGACUCGCUGUCGGAGGUGCACCGGCCGGCCGGCCGCAGCCCGAUGCUGGACGCGGACCCGCCGCAGCAGCCGGCCGGCUGGUCGUACCGCUUGGGCCGGAGCCCGCUGUUUGGAGAAAACUCGGCGCCUACACCGCCCGCUCGCAGCGCGAUGUUCAGAGAGGACCCGGCCCCGCCGCCAACUCCGCCGAUCCAGAACUCGCUGUUCCGCGAGGAGCCAGCGCCCACCAGCCGCGGCUCUGUACCGCCCGAGGACCCUCUGGAGGCGGUGCGCAGCCGCUACCGGCCGGAGUCGCUCGACCGCACCCGCCUCUAUCCAGAGACGCUGUACCCGCGCGGCGCGGGCACUCGUCUGCCGGAGCGGCGCCCGACGCCGGCGGCCGCCUCCGACUGGCGCGCCGACCCGAGUCCGGUGACGCGCGCCGAGCAGCCGCCGGCCGAGCGGCCCGGCUCGCUGCGCCAGCGGGUGGCCGCCUGGUGCCGGCCGGCCGCGCCGCCGCCGCGGCCACCGCCGGCCGCCGCCGACUACGACACGUGCUCGGACAGCGAGCCGGAGGAGGCGGACGACACGCCGCCGCCACCGCCCUCGCUGACGCCCAGCCAGCAGCUGCAGGCGUUCCGGCGCCGGAUGGCGGCCGGCGGCAGCGCGGCCGCGCUGUCCGAGCGGAACCAGGCCGGCUUCCAGUCGGCGCCGGCGCACGCUCAUGGCGCCUCCCACCUGGUGCCCUACUGCAUCCUGCUGGUGGCCGUGCUGUUUUUCGGUCUGCUCGGACUGUCAUACCUGCGGCUGUCGAGGACCGACGAGGCGGGCGCUGUGGCCCAGCUAGAGGCGGCGGCGGCAGACACCUCCGGUGCAGUGGGCGUGUUUCCGAUCUGCGGUGACCCGGAUUUGGACGAUCGCGGCUGCGUGUCGCGCGAGCGGCUGGAGCCGGCCGUGCAGCUGCUGGCGGACGUGCAGCCGGCCCUGGUGGCCGCCGCCCGGGACGCGCUCUGCGGCCGCCGCGAGCUGGCGGCCGUGCCGCUCCCGGAGCUGGCAGAGACCACCGGAGCACCGCUGGACCAGCUGCGGGACCUGGCCGUGCUGGUGGCCUAUAACGCCGCGCUGGGACUGCGCGCCGAGCCGCUGGCGGACGGCGAGGGCGACAAGGCGCUGAGCGCCACCGGCGUCUCCACGCCAUGGCUCUGUCUGGCCGGCGCCGCGCUCGCCUUCAUCGUCAAAUGGGCGUUCCUGCUGGCGGCAGCGUUCCUGCUCUUCCUGGUGUUGCGCGCCGCGGUGCUCUGGCGGCGCCGAUCCCAGCAGCAGCAGCAACAGCAGCUCUACCAGAUGGUGGAGAACAUCAUGGAGGUGGUCCGACGACACACGUUCCAGGCGGCCGGCACCGCCGACAAGCCGUACGUGGCGGUGGACCAUGUGCGAGACGAGCUGCUGACGCCGGCCGACCGCUCCAGCCGGGAGCGUAUGGCGCUGUGGGAGCGUGCCUGCCAGUUCAUCAGGGACCGAGAGAGCCGGCUGCGCGAGGAGUGUGUGCUGGUGGCCGGCGAGUCGCACACGGUGUGGCGCUGGCUGCCGGGCGCCGCCGGAGCCGCUGCCUCGGCCGCCGGCGGCCGCGACCGGCGCCGCGUCUGGCUCGGACAGGCCUUCCAGACCAGCAGCGGCGUCAACGCGCCGGUCCACACGCGCACCAACUGCCUCAAGAUCCGGCACAUGUUCGACCCCUCCUGCGAGACGGCCAGCUCGGGGUGGCAGCAAGACGUGCGGGACGCUCUGCUCGAGAAGUGUGACGGCGUGGCUGUGAUGCACAUCGCCGUCGACGACCGCAGCACCGAGGGCCUCGUCUACGUCAAGUGCCGCACCGACGCCGACGCCCUCAACGCCUUCAAGCGCAUCCAGGGCUGCUGGUUUGACGGUCGGCUGGUGUCGGUCAAGUUUAUCCGCGAGGAGCGCUACCACGAGCGGUACUCGGACGCGGCCGGCGUGACGGUGCCGCUGCGGCCAUCCAACGGCCUGCGCCGCUCGCUGGCCGACCUGCCGGCGCCGGCCUCUGCCGAGGACGACUGAGCCGCCGCGCGCACCGGCCACCUCACUGCUAACGUGCCUUCAGAGACAGCGCCGGCGCCGCGGCCCGGCGCGAGUUGCCCGUGUGGGUGUGUUGGCGUACCUGUGUGUGUCCGAGGCCGCGGCGUGGCGCCGAGGAGCGCGCUGAGAGGAACGGGCCGGCGCGCGCUGCCGCCGCCGGCCGCUCACCGGCACCGUGCAUAUGUCAGGCUGUGGACGCGCGAAAUACCCGAGUGAGGUGUGACAGUACAAUGUGCUCCGAGACGGCGGCGCCGCCCGGCUGAUCCCGCUUCGGCUGCUAACGACCCAGCUGCUUGUGCCCCUCCACCCGCCCUCCCUCCAGCCGGCACUGGGAAUACACCCCGCCCCUCUGGGACACAGCACACGCAUCUGGUCGCCGCGCCGGUCCGAGAGCCCUUGUCGUUCCCCUGUGGUUCCCCUCUGUUGCCGCGUCCUGUUCAGCGGCGGGUCAGAUAGGGGACAUGGCUUGGUGAAAUGUGGACCGUCCCCUCCCCGGCGCUCGGCAGUGGCGGCCCGGGACACUGAACUGCACCCGCACUGCGCAGCGCGUCAAACGCGAGCUUUCCAAAGGCGUUUGUAUUCAGUGCAUCGUGGCGCUGUUACCCCGUCGUGGCGUGCUCAAACAUCAGUGAGACGAUGGAAAUCAGACCAGACCGGACCUCGUUCAUUUGCGGGCCGAUGUGUUACCGGACAGCGGAGGCGGAGGUUCGGGACCUCCGCUGGCGCGAGAGGCGUGCAUCGACAAUAACAACGGCGGCUUCAGAAUAUAGGCAAACAGAUUAAUAGUGCAACGGGGUCACCGAGUUUUCAUAGUGUAUGUCAUCUGCUUGUAAAUAUCGCUACACCCGACGAAAACAAAACAAAACAAAUAAAUAAUCAUGUAACACUAGA